AUGGCGUCCCUUCCUAGGGACAGCCUGGCCGCCAGGAUGCUGCAGCGCGGCACCUUACCGGCAUGGGAACUGCUGGGCAAAGUUGCGAAAGUGGCGCCAUCUUUGUGGGGGUCGCCGUCCACAAGCUGUGUGCAAAACCCCACCACACCAAACAACAGGAUGGUGCUCCCGCACAGUGCCGCGACAUGCUCGCCCAGCACGGAUGUGUGCAUGUCACACAACCGCAAGCCGAGGUCGGCACCAGAGCCCUCAACCAUCCCAGAUCGAACCAGCUUGAGUUCGAGCUCAGUCGCAGAGUUUAGCCAGAGACUGCGUGCAAGUCUCAGUGGCCUGAGUGCCGUAUUCGCGCGCUCCCCGAGCAAGAGAAAGGUCGGAAAGCAGCGGCCCUCGCACAUGCCAGUGUUGACUGCGCCCGCUGUACUUGCCGCUCCGUCUGCGGCACAAAAGGCUCUACCACCCACAUCCCCACCGCCACCUCAUGACAAAUCGCGCGUGUCCAAGAAGAAGGUGGUCAGCAAGGGCACGCCUGUGGCCAAGGCGCCUCCCAUCAAGCCGCGCCGUCGGAAGGUGGGCAAACAACGUCCUUCAUAUUUGGCACCGGUGGGCGACAUCAUGAAGCUCCCGCGGCCAUUUGGAACAGCAAGCCCAGGGCAUUCUCCAGACAUUGUGCCAACGACGGCACAAGACCGUCCAAAAGUCCCGUCUCUGACAUCGGAGACACAGAAGACACACAACAAACCAGACUCUGGUGUUCCUGCCAGGUCUGCCAGGCAAGGGCAAAGCACCAAUGCCACCGCAAAAGACCAGGUGUGGGGAGACCUAGGAGACCAGCUGUCCCAGGAAGGGAGUCAGCAACAGGCGCCAGCAACACCUAUGCGGCCGACAGCUGCAGCAAAGAAGCCGCGUACGUCCUCCGAAAAGAGGAGGUCAGGUGCUCCAGCGGCAGACGUCUCUUCUGUAGGCACUUGUGCUGACAUUCCUCAGCCAAAGAGGGGCUUCAGCUCCAUAGCUGCCAAGCAUCAGCAACUGACAAGGCCCCGCCGUCCCAUCACAAAGCGUGUCAAGCUAGAGCAGCCGAAGAUUGCGGAUGACAACUACGAGAUAUCAGACUUGGAGGAAGACGUGCACGGCAAUCGGGUUGAGCCGGAUCGCUCACAGAAGCGUGUGCCAUCAUGGUGCGCGAAUUAUGUCCAGACUGCAGAGGCACAGGCUGAGGUCGACCCCGACAGCAUUUUCGGUUCUCACAUGCCGAUUUGCGAUCUCGAAGACAUCUUCCCCGACAGCUUCUACAGAGGAGCCACUCCCAUCAAGCGUCGGCGUGGUUCCUCCUGCAACUGGUACCGGGAUGGGCUGAGCCAGCGGGAAAUCAAUGCCUACGCGCUUAAAAUGGGCCAGAAGAGGUCUUGGUCAACCGCGAAAUCAUCUUUCACCUCAACGAGCUCCAGGACAGCUCCAGUCCAAGAAUCACGAAGCACAGAAUGGUCGCAAGUUUUUUUGGUGCCUCGCUUAGCGUCUACUUGCAGAAGCCAGGUUUCAUGUUAG